CAGCAGCAUUUAAGGGAUUUCGUCUCACCAAUUUUUCUCCGGUCCCUAAAUUGUGUUUAAGCCUUGUGGCGAACUUUGUUUACGGUCCCUAGUGCGGUGAUUUGCAUCCCCCUUUCUGGGUUGCUGUUAGCCGGGGCUGGCAGCUGUCUCAGUCGGAUUCUGGCUGGGAAAGGGGAGAGCCCUGUCCUGUCAUUUUAUCGACAGACGUGCUGUUACAGGCUCUCUUCCCAGAAGCUGACCGAAGAAGCUCAAGCGUUGCUGUUUCUUCCCUCCCAAGUCGAGUGGUUUCCCUGGUAAUGGAUUGCUUCUCUGGGAGGUACGCUUUCCACCGUGGUAAGACUCCCCAGGUCUAGUCUGUGAACUCAGCUAGGAGACGCUGCUGUAAAAAUGACUGAAGAGCCCAUAAAGGAGAUCCUGGGAGCCCCAAAGUCUCCCAAGCCAGUGACAAUGGAGAAGAGCCCCAACAACGAAGUCAUAGUCACCUUGGUUCCCCUGGUCAGUGAGAUUCAGCUGACGGCAGCUACGGGGGGUGCCGAGCUCUCCUGUUACCGCUGCAUCAUCCCCUUCGCCGUGGUGGUCCUCAUCGCCGGGAUCGUGGUCACUGCUGUGGCUUACAGCUUCAAUUCCCACGGCUCCAUCAUCUCCAUCUUAGGUCUGGUCCUUCUUUCAUCGGGACUUUUUUUGUUAGCCUCCAGUGCCUUGUGCUGGAAGAUGAGACAGAGGAGCAAGAAAGCCAAGAGACGGGAGAGUCAGACGGCUCUCGUGGCAAAUCAGAGAAGCUUAUUUGCUUAGGACUGAAUGAGACCAAAUGGGAUAUGUGGCCUGAAAUAGCUGCUCUCACUCUGUCAGCCAAUGCACCCUGAAUGGGUGGGAGAGAAUGGACUUGGCCCUGCAGCGGACUAGAGGAAUGGGGGUGGCUUGAGGGUGGGAGGGUGGAGGGGGUUCUUUUUUGUGAGGAACGACUUGUGUCUUCUUCAAUGACAAACUUAACUCUAAGGGCUAUUUUAAGACUGAAAAAUCAGCCUUUUCUCUACAUUAAACAUUUUAGGGGUCAUGGGAGGUGCACAGCAUCAGACAACAUUUGGUUCACCUUGGAAAGUAGCCAAGAAAAGAGGAGAAAAUAAUCAGACAGUUCUGGCACACCAUCGACCUGCUUCCAAAAGGAAUAACUCAUGCUUUUAAGAUGUUGUAUCAUAAAAAUGUCCUGCCGAGAAUCUAAAUGGCCUUGGACUUUGCAUACUUCUAUGAAAUUCUGUGAUAAUUUUUUUCCAAUAAGUUGAUUCUCUGGCACUGUUUUUUCACUUUCAGUAACUCAUCACUGGUGGUACUUUUUCUUGAAGAAUAAACUAAUAUUUUUUAUGUUUUAACGUUGGACAGUUUUAGAUGAUUGUAAUGAUGUGUCAGAAG